AUGUCUGUUGUGUCGAAAUAUCUCCCCUUUGCAACUUCCACGACCACCACUCAGGCCUGCGCGUAUCUGUUCGCGGUGUGCCUUUUCUCGAUAUCUUUCCUGGUCUUCCUCAACAGCAGCGUUUCGUUCGUCAUUACUGAUCUAAUCGGAGUGAAGGACGGAGUCGGAGAUCUAGUGGGAACCCUCGGCUUCGUCGAUGAGUUGGUUGCGCUUGUAGCCUGCCCGUUUUGGGGCAUUCUCAGUGAUCGGCUGGGUGUGCGAAUUGUCUGCUUUUCAGGGUAUACCAUUGUUGGUCUGGCUUUGUUUAUCUUCGUACAAGCUCGGAAUGUCUAUCCGCAACUGUUGCUGGCGCGAGUUCUGUUCAGUAUCGGUGGUGCUGCGACAGCGACUAUGGUUACCGCAAUAUUGCCUUCCAUGACAGGUAAUAGUCAAGAGAACGAGCUUCCCGUCGAAUCACCAAUACACGGAUCAAUCUUGGAAAGCAACACGCGGCACAGCAUAGCUGCAUCACUCGAUUCUGAGGCGACCAUAACACCAGCAACUUACAAUGGACGAGCAAAACCUCCGAGGCCGAGUACAGGUGCCAGGAAACAUACUACAGAGUCUUCUUCAAGUCCGCCGAGACUAGCUGGUCUGGUGGGUGUCUUUACUGGUUGUGGAGCUUUGGUUGCAUUGGGCGUCUUUCUUCCACUUCCAGCUGAGUUUUCUCACCUCAAUGGAGUGACACAAGGUCAAGCAGUAGCGUACAGCUUCUACGUGGUUGGCAGCGUUGCCCUUUUCGUGGCUUGCUUCUGCUUCAUUGGCCUUCGCGGCUUGCAUGGCGAGGAUGGCAAAGGGUGGGCUCUUCUCUUUGGGAGGUCCCCUUCGUCUGACGGAUAUGAAACCUUGGAUGGCCAUCCAGGAAUCCAGGAUCAACUUAGCCCUAUCAGGGCUCCGUUCUUGCCAUAUUGGCGAUUGCUCCUAGACUCAACUCUCCUGGGUUUCAAGGAUGCACAAAUUGGACUUGGUUAUCUUGGAGGGUUUGUGGCAAGAGCGUCUUCCGUUGGCAUCUCAUUAUUUAUUCCUCUCUACAUAAAUGCCUACUUUAUUCGUAACGGCUUCUGUCAAGGGUCACCGAAUGACCCAUCCCCUGAGCUCAAGAAGGAAUGUAGAGCCGCUUACAUCUUGGCCGCAGAGCUUACAGGGGUGUCCCAAUUAGUUGCUCUCAUCUGCGCACCGCUCUUUGGGUAUUUGUCCGACCGCUACCGCCGAUUCAACGUUCCUCUUCUUGCGGCCUGCGUGUUUGGAAUCAUUGGCUACGCAGCAUUUGCCAGGUUGAUAAGUCCUGAGCCAAAAAACAUCGAUGGCAGAGGAGGGAGCCCCGCUGUCUUCCUGAUUGUGUCUCUCAUUGGAGUCAGUCAGAUUGGUGCGAUCGUUUGCAGUCUUGGGCUUCUUGGGCGUGGCGUCCUAGGAGAUGAAGGUGGCUACAACCUAUCUGGUCAGCUCCAUGACCCACAACCUGUCUCUGGACAGGUCGUUCAUGAAGCUGCAGAGACGUCACCACUAGUUGCAUCCUCACGACCAACAGUGCCACCUCAUUCAAGAAGUCAUCUCAAAGGCUCCAUUGCAGGCGUAUAUUCCCUUUCCGGAGGAGCGGCCAUUCUCCUUCUCACAAAGCUUGGAGGAUACCUAUUUGACAGUCUAUCGACCGGUGCUCCAUUCUAUAUGAUGGCCAUCUUCAAUGCUAUCUUGUUAGUUGUUGGCGCUGGCGCUGGGAUAUAUCGAGAAGUUCGGACCAAAAACCGCCAAGUCUAA